GUGUAAAUUGGAUUUUGCUCCUCUAUAAUUGUUAGGCAUCUUGAAUUAGAAGAACAAAAGGUUUUUCGUUUCUCCUAGCAUGGAAAUACAAGACAAUGGUUCGUUGGAUAAAGCUAAAGAGAAGAUCUUCCAAACUUUCUCAGAGUUUAUGAUUAGGAUUACAAAAAUUGAUGAAUUAGCGGAAGUGGGAAGUAGAUUGCUAGUUGGUUUUCAGCAAGGACUCGAGUAUAUGCGACGUCCACCAAUUGAAAAGAAUUCCGGAUUGGUUGAGCGCAUUAUUAGAGAGAAUGAAACCAAGAGGCUUUCCUCCUACGUAGAAGCUGGAUGUUUGAAUGCUCAUGACACUCUACAAAAUAUGUCCAAGUUACAUACAUGCCAUCUUGGACUUCAGGAUCACAUAAACAAAGCAAAAUGUGUAGUUGAUGAACUUGCCUGCCUUUUAAAGGACGCGGAAGCUGUAGUGCAAGUGAUGAAUUGUAGUUUGGCUCAAAUGGGGGAAAGAAAUGUUGACACUGGUACAGAUUCGUUGGAAACCUCUAAUUAUGAAGAGGAAGGGCUGCCUGUUGAUGUUUUGAAACAUGAAGUCAUUGAUAUCGCAACAAUGAUGGCAAUAUUAUACGGCAUGUUGAAACAUGACUACACAAUGCAGGAAAAGAUAGUUUCUUCGCUUAACCUUACUUCAUCUUCUGGACAACUGGAAAGCUACUCCAGCAUGUGGUCGUUGCGCCCUUACAUAGACGAUGAAAUCAUGCAUAAAGCUUGGAAACUUGUAGGCCGCUAACUCUUUCUCUCUUCCUGUUUCUUAUUUUGGUGAAAGAUCCUCAAAUAUCUUUAUCCAUGUCGAAUAAGCUUUACUAUAGCAUCGUUCUGGAAAUUUGUUUGAAGCAAUAGGAGACGCUGUUCGUCUGGUACUAAAGGGAAAAUGACAGGAAAAGGAAAUAGAACAGUAGGGAUGGGGUGAAGAAUAUGUGAAUCUUCUAGUAUUGUUGUUUGUUAAUUAUUGGUUCAAUGUUUAUGACUGCCAUUGCACUGAAUCAACAUUCAACACAUUGACUUCUGUCUUCUUCUU